GCGAAGAGGGCGGGAUGUCGGGUGACGGUAUCGGCGGUUCUUGUGAGAAGUUUCAAGCCAACUUGUUCAACCACAGCAAAUGUCAGAACUGUUUCAAGUCACGUGAGCUGCACCCGCCCAGCGACCCCCUGGUGGGCCAGGGGAAGCCCGUCUACGGCGGCUGGCUCUGUUUGGCGCCCGAGGGGACCGACUUUGAGAACCCGACUCAGAGGCCGCGGAAAUGGCAGCGCCGCUUCUUCCUCCUCUACGAGCACGGCAGCCUGACCUUCGCGCUGGAUGAGCUGCCCAGCACGCUGCCUCAGGGCACGGUCAACAUGAGUCUGUGCACGGACAUCUUGGACGCGGAGCCGCGUACGGGCCAGAGGAACACGCUGUGCAUCGUCACCGCAGAACAGGAAGUGUUUGUCCGGGCUGAAAGCAAGGAGAUCAUUAACGGAUGGAGCGAGCAGCUCGGCGUCUACGUGAGCGGCGGCAGACAGAACCAGAAGAAGAAGCGCAAAGUGGAACCUGUCGGCAGCCAGGAACCCACUCCAGCCAAGAUGGCCGCCACCCGCGCCGAGACCGUCAACCAUCUGCAGGAAGACCAGCAGGCCGAGACCACCGCCAUGUGGGCCCGGGCGGGCAGGGACCCCCCGGUGUCAUCCAGGAAGGGCAGGAGUGACGCCCGUCUCCCCGAGCGAGAGCCGGAUUUACUCAACUUCAAGAAAGGCUGGAUGGUGAAGCUGGACCAGGAUGGUCAGUGGAGGAGGUACUGGUGCGUGCUGUCGGCUGACAGCCUGAGGUUCUACAAGGACUUCCAGGCUGAGGAGCUUUCCGACCUUGAACGCGAGGUGGACCUGACCGAGUGCUCCAACGUGUGUGACUGUGACGUCCAGAAGAACUACGGCUUCCGCAUCCACACUCCACAUGGCGUCCACACGCUGUCGGCCAUGACGGCGGGAAUACGAAGGAACUGGAUCCAAGCUCUGAUGAAGAACGUGCGCACAGCUCCCGAUGUCAGCAGCCAGCCAGACGUGACCAGGGACUCGUCGGAGAGGUGCAGGACCGUUCUCGAGCCAAGGCGUGACGGUCGCAACAAAACCUCGGACUUGGUGGAGUGGAAGUCCAAGAGCAGACCGCCCACGGACGCCGACCUCCACGCCGGUCAAGCUCCGCCCUCGCUGCAGUCGGGCGACCUGGAGAAGAGUCGGAGGAGGGAGCUGAGGAGGAGACGGUGCGAGAGCAUCCUGGGCGUGUCUCCCGGUCGCGAGGUGAUGGGCGACGCCACGGCCGCCGGUCCCAGGUCGCGGCUGGAGGAGCAGAUGGAGGCGUGCUGGAAGCAGGUGGAGAAGACCACCUUCAGGCACGUGAGGAGCAUCACGCUCACCAAGCAGGCGUCUGUCACCUCCACGCUGCACGACGACAAGAAGGGUCAGCUGGAGGACUCGGAGAGCGGAGGACAGCAGCUGAGGGCGUCCAGUCAGUUGGAACCUUUGCACGGAUGUCCGGUGAGGACAGGAAGCAGGAGUCCAGAACAUCCCGAGGAGCAGAAAGCCACCACGUGCAGCCACGUUGCAGACCAGGAAGUACUUCCUGUCUGCUGUGAUGCCCAGUGUGGACAUGAAGGACAACCAGGCCACAGCUCCUCCAUGUUGGACACGCUGGCUGAAGCGGGUGGCGACUCACUAGGGGGCGCCACCGAGGAGUCCGCCCGCGUCAGGAAGGUCUCCCAGGAAGUGGCGCUGCCCACCAGGCAGACCCUCGCCCUCCACCGGCGGAACCAGGAGAUGCUGAACCAGCUGAGCGAGGCCGACCUCCACAUCCAGCGUCUGAAGGAGGCGCUCAGCAGGAGAUACGUCCAGGUGCAUCCCAGAGAGAUGGAGGAUCUGGAGCGGGAGCUGAUGGAGAAGGAGCAGCAGCUCCUGGAGGCCCAGACACUGAUCACCUCCCUGGAGGAGAGUCUGAGGGACGCCCAGGCUGUCCUGCAGCGUCACGUCCCAGCAGAGAAGUCGGAGCAGGAGGGAAGCGUCGGGAACGUUGAGGGCUACCUGCUGAGAUGCUUCGAAGCCACUGAGGCCAAGCUGAGCGAGCUGGAGAAGCAGCUCCACCAAUCGGAGCAGAGACGAAGGGAGCUCCAGGUGGAGAACGCCACCCUCAAGGAAACCCGGAAGGUUUACCUCCACAGAGACGCUCAGACGGAGGCGGGGGACUUCCUGCCGCUGCCCAAGGAGGCGGAGGGCACCAUGACGCUGAGGUGGAACCUGGAGAGGUUCCUGGAGGUCGUUGACAGGUUGGGCGUCAGCAAGACCAAGACUUGGAUGGCUGAUGAGCAGCAGGAGGAGGGCCGGCUGAAGUGGGAGGAGCCUCUGAGCACGGCGCUGGAUACUUCCUGCCCCGGGGAACAGGAGGCGGAGCUUCUCCGCAGCGCAGCACCGCAGAUGAUUCCGGAAAAUCAGGUGUUGCUUUCACCUGCUGAAGAGGAGUCCAGCUUCGAUGGCGGGAGGCGGGGCUUAGAAGGGGAACCCCAGGGGAGCACUGUGGAUGGUCUUUGGGACGAUGACAGCGACGCAUCUUCAGACGCUAGCAAGCAGCCGUGCCAUCAACGUCUGGUGGAGCUUUCCGGAAUGAUGGGUCACAUGACCACGUGCUCCUCCCUGCAGGACCGAGCGCCGGAGCGACUCUUUCACGUCUCCAAGCAGCCGUGGGCGGCGCUCUUUUACCUGGCUGCCACACAGGUGGCGUACUGCUGUCACAUGACCAGGCUAUGCUCCGCCUACCAGAGGGACCCGCCCGGCUCCGGCCAUUCCUGCAACCACUGCCGCCGCCUGGCCGCAGAAAAUGAGGAACUGAGAGAGAGACUUUCCCACGCGGCGCAGCGGGCGGCGAAGGUGAACACCGGCAGCCAGACGCACAAGGGCAACCCAAGGUCGGGGCGGGGUCACGGCGUCUCGCUGGAGGCCCGGCGCCAGGCCGAAACAGAAAAGAUGCCGUCUGGCGGCGAAACGCGUCCAGACUUGGAGACGGCUCAGGUGGCCAUACUGACAGCGCGCGUGACGGAGCUGGAGGAGCAGCUGUCAAUCACCAGCCAAAGCCUGACUUCAGCUCACAGGCAGCACGGCAAGGACAUGGCAGACCUCAAGGCGGUGUGCGAGCGUGGCCUCGCCGCCAUGGAGGAGUCUCAUCUGAAGGUGUCAGAGGAGCUGCAGCGGCGCCACCUACAGGAAGUGGAUCGCCUCCUGGAGGAGACGGACAGGCUGCUGGAGGAGGAGACCGCCGCCACGGCGACCGCCAUGGAGGCCAUGGAGCGAGCGCACCGCCGGGAGAUGGACAAGGAGGUGCAGAGGAGGUGUCAGGUCAUCAGCGUGACAGGCGGCGCCGCGCUCAUGGAGCACGUGCACAAACAACACAGCGAGGAGCUGGCCUCCUCCCAGCGUGAGUUGGAGGGUUUAUCCUACGAGUUUUCUCAGAAGUGUCUGGAAAACAGUCGCCUUUUGCAGGCGCUGGAUGCGGAGAGGAAGGCGCUGAGUCAGCGUCAGCAGGAGAACCAGAACCUGAUGGCUCUGAACCAGGAGCUGAGCACACAGCUGACGAACAAGGUCAGCCCGUCCUCGCCGUCGAAACAGGAAGCGCUACCCCUCGGGCACGACAUCGGCGUCUACAAGAUGGAGAUGCUGCUGCGCGUGAAGGAGUGUGAGCUGCAGAGCGUCCGCCAGCAGCUCAGCUCUCUGCACCACAAAGUCCAAGCCACACAGAAGGUCAAAGUUCAGCGUCUGGCAGCACAGGAAGUACCAGGAUGUCAGCAAUCACAAUAAGAUCACAUCCUGAAAUGAACGCUUGAUACGCUACUAGCAUUAGCAUCUUUUACUGGCGUGUGACGUGUUUACUUGUGUGUGUGUGUGUGUGUGUGUGUGUAAAUAAAGACCAAAAACUUGCUUGGAAAUAUUUGAUUUGAAAGUUGCAUCAAGCCGAAGAUGAUUCCAGGCAAAU